UAUCAAACGGUCCAGUGAGCUUGGGAGUGGGGUAACUUCAGCUCAGGGUGGGGCUCAGCCGUCAGGCAGAGGGGUGUGAAUCUGCUUUAAGUACCGAGCAGAUCCUUCUUGGACAAGCGUAAAAGUUCAACACUAAGAGCGGCGACGUCACGACAGAAGUUUUCAAUAACCCGAACCCUAAGUGAGCGCCUGUUACACAGGAGGAACAAGAAGUUUCACCGCUGAUCCGAAGAAGAAUCCAACCAGAAUGCCAGGUGAGCGUUUGACCAUUCGAAACCCGUCUGAAGUUGGGCGUUUCCCCGGAGCGGCAGCGCCCACCAAGGUGGAGCUUACCAUUCAGAGUGAAGGGGGGAAGAAGCAGGAGGAGGGAGCGUGCCGUCGCUGGUUCAGGAAGAUCUGUCCAUGCUGCUGUAAGCAUCAAAACAGUGCAUCUUAUGAUGUCACAGAUAAGGUGGAGUUCACCAAGCCCCCAGCCCCUGCUGUGGUCUCGACACCUGAGCCUGACAAGUCAAAGCCUGAGAAUGGAGAAAUGAAGGAAACCGAAGAAGUCAAGCUGUCAGUGUGCAUGGUGGACCUUCUGAGCUCCAAGACUGGUCAGAACAGAGUGGAGCAUCACACCGAUCUGUACCAUGGGGACAAGCUGAUCAUCCGCAGAGGACAGACGUUCCAGAUGGAGAUAGAGUUCAACAGGCCCUUCAGUACUGACAUGGAUAAGAUGCGCUUGGAGCUGAAAACAGGUUCCUUGCCCAUUGUCUCUAAAGGGACCCAUGUCAUCAUUCCACUCGUUGACAGUCUGGAAGAUGAGCGCUGGGAGGCCAAGAUCACAGAGCAGACCUGCAACAAGAUCAGGCUGUCCGUAAACUCCCCGGCUGACGCGGUGAUUGGUCUAUAUGGGCUCACUGUCACGACGCAAUCUGCGAAGGAUGAGGAGCCAACAUUUUACAACUCCAGCGAGAAUAUCAUCAUGCUCUACAAUCCAUGGUGUGAAGAGGAUAAUGUGUUUCUGGAUGACGAAGAGCAAAGGAAGGAGUAUGUGCUGAAUGACACUGGCAGGAUUUACUACGGCACAGAGAAGCAAAUCGGUGCUCGCACAUGGAACUUUGGGCAGUUUCAUGAGGGAAUCCUGGAAGCAUGCCUGUUCAUCUUGGAGAAGAGUGGCAUGUCUCCUUCUGGCCGAGGGGAUCCGGUCAAUGUGGUCAGAGUUAUAUCUGCCAUGAUAAAUGCUCCCGAUGACUAUGGAGUCCUGGUCGGGAACUGGUCAGGAAAAUACUCUGAUGGCGUGUGUCCUGCAGCGUGGAGCAGCAGUGUGGAGAUCCUGAGGAAAUACCACUCUUCCAAUGCAAUACCUGUGAAAUAUGGGCAGUGUUGGGUCUUCUCUGGGGUCACUACAACAGUGCUGCGCUGCCUUGGCAUACCUGCCCGCAGUGUGACCAACUUCCAGUCUGCGCAUGACACUGAUGUGUCCCUCACUACAGAUGUGUACUUUGAUGAGAACAUGCAGCCGAUUGACUUCCUUAACAAUGACUCUGUCUGGAAUUUCCAUGUAUGGAAUGAUUGCUGGAUGGCCAGACCAGACCUUCCCCCUGGCCAUGGAGGCUGGCAGGCUGUUGAUUCUACUCCCCAAGAGACAAGUCAGGGCACCUUCCGUUGUGGCCCAGCCUCUGUCAAUGCCAUCCGCUCCGGUCAUGUCUACCUAAAACACGACACGCCUUUCGUCUUUGCUGAGGUCAACAGUGAUAAAAUCUACUGGCAGAGGAAACUUGACAGUACUUUCUGUCAGGUCUACAGUGAAAAGAAAGCUAUUGGGCACUGCAUUAGCACCAAGGCAGUGGGCUCUGAUGAGCGUGCAGACAUCACGCACCUGUACAAACAUCCAGAAGACUCUGAAGAGGAGCGCAUUGCUGUGGAGACAGCUUGUCGGUAUGGAAGCAAGCCAGACAUCUACUCGGCUCCUGCAGCUGAGGAUGUGAAGGUGGAGGUGAAGAUAGAUGGCGAGGGGCCUAGGAUGGGCAGUGACGCCAAGCUGAGCAUUGUGGUGAAAAACCAGAGCUCUCAGCCCCGCCAGACAACUCUACACAGCCAGGUGGCCGUCAUGUACUAUACCGGCGUGCUAAAGAAUGCUAUCAAGAAGGAUAAUAUCCCUGUGGACCUUUUGCCCAAUGAAGAGAAGACUAUAGAUUGGGUCUUGCCCUACCAGCAGUACCAAAACCAGUUGGUGGACCAGGCUGCUCUGAUGCUGACACUCUCUGGAAGAGUCAGUGAAACCAAGCAAGUGUUGGCAAACCAGACAACCUUCAGGCUUCGUACACCUGACCUCCAGAUUAUGCCUCUGGGUGAAGCUGUGGUGGGUAAGGAGAUGUCAGCCAAGAUUACCUUCACCAACCCACUGCCACGUGUACUGAAGAAUGUUGCGUUCAGGGUGGAGGGCCUGGGCCUUCAAAAGGGCCAUGAAGUGGUUGUAGGUGAUGUUGGUGCCAAAGCGACAGUAACACUAACGGAGCACUUCAUCCCCACCCAACCUGGACUCAGGAAACUGGUGGCAUCACUUGAUUGUAAACAGCUAACACAAGUGCACGGAGUGGCCGACAUCAUAGUUAGCGAACAAUGAGCUCUUCUAAUUCUACAAAAAUACCUAAUUUCUAAAUUUCUGUCCCCAAAGCAGUCCUAUUUAUUUUCUACUGCCACUAAAUAUUCUGAUCUAUGAAAUGAUGAUUAACCACUGUAGCAUUAUCAUUAUUAUUAUUUUUUUAUUUAUCUAUUAUAAACUUAACACUUCUUGUGUGCUCUGGUGAUUCAUGGAGAAGGCAUUGAAUACAUGCACAGCAACGAAGAGGCUUUAAUUAACAAGUAUUAAAUGUAUAAACCUAUUCUAACAGUAGUUAAAUGUAAAACACUGAACAAAAUCAUGUAAAGGUUCACUGUUAGGCCACGUUGUGGUUAUGUAAAUAAUGUUUUUGUGUACUGUUCAUUUAGAAUGUGAAAAUUAUUGACAAAAUGAACUUUCCGUGGCUCAAAUGAAGGGAGAGACCUGUAUAUGGUUUAGAAAGGAACCUAUUGAAAUUAUUAGUUGUUUUUUUUUGUUGAAAACUGCUAAUAUUCUCUUUAGCUAUGUCUGCCCAAACCCUGUAAAAACACUAAAAUAUUAAAAAAAUCCAAAUCCCUUCAUCGAAUGAGGAAAAAUGAAGGUCUUUUGUUGAAUUCUUCUUUUAUGCUGCCUCUUUUUCAUUAAAAAAAAAGUUAAAAAUCAGUGCCAGAGAUAACCUUUGUUUGACUGCUAAAUUGCCAAAAAAAGUCCCCAUAAAGAACUUAUUCUGUAUUUACUGUUUGUUUCUCCAUCAUCUGGUUACAAUAACGCUCACAUCUUUAUCACACAUUGCGGAUAACUUGCUUAUUCAAACAGGGACUUCAGCAACAGAAGCAUAGGAGAAUAUGGUUCUCAUUAGGCAGGAAACGUUAUCUCUACAGUCAGAUUUACCGCAGUCAGGUUCAGUCAGGUGCAGCUAAAAUACUUCUGAUUGGCCACCUAAUAAAUAUCUGGAAGGCGCAGCCAAACAGUCCUUAUUGCCAAUUUACACAUACCAAAUUAUAAGCAGGUCACCCCUGUGUCAGUGUACGGUUGCACAUAACAGCAAGAAUCAGUUUUAAAGGGAAUUUAAAAACAAAAACAGUUGAAAAAAAUGAGAAAAUCAAAUAGUGUCAGUUCCAUUAUCCCAGGACAAUUUGAGCACAAAAUAUUUGUACAAACAAUGAAUCUUGUGCAGAAACAUUUUACAGUCAGGACAUAUUAGUUCUGCUAUGUUGAUUUUUAUUUCGCUAUUUAUGUGAGGAUGUUUUUUUGUUUAAAGUGCAAGAAAUGGAUCCUGUGUAAGAUUUGAAAAAAGAAAUCUGCUCAGGAUUCCUCAAAACGUUUUCCUGUUCUGGCCUCUUGAACUACAGCACUCAGUGUACAAUGUGAAGAAAACUAUACCCAUAUUAUUUAUCUACCUUAUCUACCUGGAAUGUUUUUGUGUCAUUUUUGUUGUGACAAUAAUAAAGUUAACUAAAACAG